AUUCCCCUUUGUUCGGGUUCGCCAUUUUGCUAGGCAGCGGCAGUGGCGGCGGCGGCGGCGGCUGGAGCCUCUGAUUGGGUUUCGGAGUCCGGUACUGGAGCCAAUCAGCGCGGGCAGCGAACCGGGGGAGCGAGGCACGGAGCGUACCUCACAGCCUUCUAGGAUCUCCAGAGCGGACAGGAAUCUCACUUGGAGGGACCAUGGAGCAGUAUACAGCAAACAGCAAUAGUUCAACAGAGCAGAUUGUUGUCCAGGCAGGACAGAUUCAGCAGCAGCAGCAGGGUGGUGUCACUGCUGUGCAGUUGCAGACUGAGGCCCAGGUGGCAUCCGCCUCAGGCCAGCAAGUCCAGACCCUCCAGGUAGUCCAAGGGCAGCCAUUAAUGGUGCAGGUCAGUGGAGGCCAGCUAAUCACAUCAACUGGCCAACCCAUCAUGGUCCAGGCUGUCCCUGGUGGACAAGGUCAAACUAUCAUGCAAGUACCUGUUUCUGGAACACAGGGUUUGCAGCAGAUACAGUUGGUCCCACCUGGACAGAUCCAGAUCCAGGGUGGACAGGCUGUGCAGGUGCAGGGCCAGCAGGGCCAGACACAGCAGAUCAUCAUCCAGCAGCCCCAGACGGCCGUCACUGCUGGCCAGACUCAGACACAGCAGCAGAUUGCUGUCCAGGGACAGCAAGUGGCACAGACUGCUGAAGGGCAGACCAUUGUCUAUCAGCCAGUUAAUGCAGAUGGCACCAUUCUCCAGCAAGUUACAGUCCCUGUUUCAGGCAUGAUCACUAUCCCAGCAGCCAGUUUGGCAGGAGCACAGAUUGUUCAGACAGGAGCCAAUACCAACACAACCAGCAGUGGGCAAGGGACUGUCACUGUGACACUACCAGUGGCAGGCAAUGUGGUCAAUUCAGGAGGGAUGGUCAUGAUGGUUCCUGGGGCUGGCUCUGUGCCUGCUAUCCAAAGAAUCCCUCUACCUGGAGCAGAGAUGCUUGAAGAAGAGCCUCUCUACGUGAAUGCCAAACAAUACCACCGUAUUCUUAAGAGGAGGCAAGCCCGGGCUAAACUAGAGGCAGAAGGGAAAAUUCCAAAGGAGAGAAGGAAAUACCUGCAUGAGUCUCGGCACCGUCAUGCCAUGGCACGGAAGCGUGGUGAAGGUGGACGAUUUUUCUCUCCAAAGGAAAAGGAUAGUCCCCAUAUGCAGGAUCCAAACCAAGCCGAUGAAGAAGCAAUGACACAGAUCAUCCGAGUGUCCUAACCCCAGGCCUUAUGAUGGAGCUGAUCAAUGUCAUGUUUCUCACCAGUUUCUCACUGUUCCAGGAAAUUGAUCAACUCUUCCAAUGGGACAUUGACGAUCACAUUCUGCCCUUUUCUACAGGACGGAAACCACUUAGUUUUUCCUAAGUGGCUCAGUAUUACAAUUGCAGCAAUGCCUGGCAAAUUGAAGUUGCAAGCCUUCGUCUACUCUUUCAGUCAGGACCUAUUUCAGACUGUUGAUGACACUGACAUUUCAUGGAUUCGGAUGAUGCAAGGAGACACAUGCCACCCCAGCAGUACACAAAGCACUUAUGUUGACUGGUGAAGUGAGCCAGCCAUCUCAGCAGGGAAAAACAACCUUCUCAACCAAAACUGCAAUCAGGAAAGCAGCAGCCCACUCCUUCCCAUGGAAUCUAGACAGUAUUUAUCCCUCUGGUGGGGGAAUCUCACACUGACUAACUGAAUGGACGCUUUGUAUUCAGAGAUGGCUUCCAAGCAAGGAAGUUCUAUCUUGUGAUAUGGAAACAAUAAAUUUCUGAGAUACAUUCUUCUAAUCUGUGGUAAUAAUAAGAAUUCCUGUCUGCCCAGAUGGUAGAUUGGUAUUUCUGGACUCUAGCCAAGAAAAAGCUAACUCUGGGGAUAGAAUGAUAAAAGACUCAAGCACUAAAAAUAUACAUUGCUGAAUCUCUUUUUCUAGCUUUGAAAAGUUGUGGCCUGCUUGUCCCUCUGUUGACUGGUCAUCUGGACCAUCGUACUUGCUGUGGCUACUUCUAAGACAAUGUAGAGGAUAUUGAACCUUGAAACUGCCUUUCCUAAGUAGAGAACAAGACUAUUCAACAAUUUCUUUGCCGAAGCACUGAGGACAUUUGUAGUACUCCUAAAGGGAGAGCCAAACUAGAGAUUUUCAGUCAUAGACUUUGUGACAGCAUUUGGGGAACUGAAAGGUUCAUGUGUUUCAUCCUAGGAGGAGAGAGUGGGGCGGGGGGGAGAGAGGGAGAGAGAGCAUGUACACCCAUACGUUAUCAUAGAGCACGAUUCUCCAGUGGAUGGAUACCUGGAGUGGAUCAUUAAGAUGAAGAGAGUAAUUCACACUCUAGAACCUUUAACAAGCACUGAAAGGAAGAAGCCUGAGAUUUGGUCCUUGGCAAUUUCUGGAAAGCACUGAUCAGUCACGCUGUCCUGAACAGAGUCUAAGUUACCCACUAAAGCUUGAGGUGGAUGUUGGCUUCACUCCCGCAGCACAAUGCCGGCCCUAGAAAACGAGCAUUUUCAUUCUUCCCAUGGCAGCUGAUUCUUUGGUGCCAGUUUUCAUGUUUUCUCCAUAGGCCUUGUGCAGAAAGAUUUUCUCAUUGCAUCCGUACUGUGAGAAUAAACUGCAGACUAGAAAGAAACAUGCCUGCAGGAUCAGGAACUGGGCCACUGUUCCCAGAAUGGGUUGUGCCUCAGAAUUCUAUUUCUCUUUUAGAUGUUGAACCCUGAGAGAACUAAGAUGAUAUUUCAGAAGAGUUGGCUGCCUUCUCUGGAAACAAGGAAAACCCAAUAAUUCUGAGGAACAUUGGGGGUCAAAUACCAAGAAUAAAAAUUGGUUCUUUGACUUCAGCUUAACUGUAUUAAGAUAGAAAUUAAGCCCUCUAAAAACACCACAGAGAGAUCAUUGUAAUGAUAGAAAUGGAGGUACAGAGCUAUGCAAAGGAAACAGGAAGUGAAAUCUUCCUAGUCCCAGGAAUCUGGUAAUCUGUCCUGGCUUCCAGAUGUCAAGGGCUGAUCCUUUGGUAAGCUCACUAGAAACUUCUGGCUCUCUACAAGAGUUUGGGAUAUUAAUGUUAUUCAGUAAGUCCCAAGUUUUUCAGAGGAUAGAUUACUAACAAUGAGGAAUUUAUAUUCCUUGGUUAAUUUAGGAGACUAAGAUGCAGAGUUCAGAAAGAAAUUAUUGAGAUCUAACUCUGAGUGCUUAAGCCGCCAACAGUUAGAAGAUGCUAUUUAUUUGUGUCUGUAAGUUUGUACAUAGUAAUGCCAACCUUGUUGCUGAAUUUUUUAUUUGUGGGGGAUGAGUUUGAAUUUUGUUUGAAAUGCUUCAGUUGUCAUUCUGUCAUUGCAUUUCAAAUAGCUCAUGACCCUUUUCUUGUGGUCACUUUAGCACACCAUAGUAGCCCACAAAGUUGGGGCAGGGUAUUGACAUUUGGAUUUUUUCUUUGAUUCUAGUUCUUUUAUUCAUUUUUAUUUGUGACUGUAGUGAUGACUUCACAGAUGGAGAAAGAGUGAAUGGAUGAAUGGAUAAUUGGUUUAAUGCCUAGUUAUGCAACUUGAGUGCUUUUUUUUUUUUGCAGGAUAAUUUAAAGUGUAUAUAUUUUAACUGCACUGGUACAUUGAACAUGUCAGUGUCGAUGCCACUGGACCAACAGAGCAUUUUGUGGCUAUAGGGUGCCUGGUAAUAAUGUCUUGAUUUUUCUUUGGGACUCAACUAUAUCGAAGGUUUUUCCCCUAGCAGUAUGGGGGUGUACAGGUGAUCGAUCAUUAAUGUCAUUGCAAUUGUUAUUUUUUAAAAUAAAUUUAUAAAAAUAACCGAAAAGUAAUGUGACUUUUGGGGAAUCUGCAACUCCUGGGUUCUAGGUUGUGUUUCCAAUGUUGAAAUUGUGACCUCUGCCGACAAGACAUGUCUGCAUGGAUGGUGUCUCUGUAAACAGUAUCAAACUUG